GUUGAACGUACAUGGAAGAUUAGGUGAACAAUGCUGGUGUCAAUGGAACCGUCAUUGAAGAAGAGUUGCUUUCGAUCGAGCUCAGACGAGCUGGUACAGGAUACGGGAGUGAAGACAUAUAUGACGAAACAAGUUAUGCUGCAAACUUACGAAACAGCUAAAGACUGCAUCCAAACAAAUUAUUAUGGAACCAAAAAUGUGACUGAAGCUCUUCUACCCUUUCUCUCUUUGUCCUCUUCUCCAAGGAUCAUCAAUAUUUCAUCUGGACUAGAGAAAAUUGAGAACAUUAAAGAUGAGAAGGCGAGUAAAAUGCUUAGUGACGUCGAUGGACUCACAGAGGAGAUUCUGAAGGAGGUAGUAACGGAAUUUCUAAACGAUGUUAAAGAAGGUUCGUUGGAAGAGAAGAGGUGGAAUACGCUGUUAUCAGCUUAUAUGGUAUCCAAAGCCAUUGUCAAUGCAUAUACUCGGAUUCUUGCAAACAAGUAUCAAUCUUUAUGUAUAAAUGCAUUUAAUCCUGGUUUUACAAAAACGGACAUGACCCGUCAUAAAGGAAUGUACACAGUGGAAGAAGGUGCUAGAGGCGCUGUUAGGCUUGCUUUGAUCCCAGAUGACGGUCCAUCCGGCUGUUUCUUCUUUCAAAUGGAAGAAACUACUUUUUAAUUUUGAGACUGUAUUUGUAUUUUGCUUGAUUGUGCUCCAGUGUCUUCCUUAGACGAAAGAUAAUAUAUGUUCAAACAGUUGAUCGAAUUUGAAUAAUGGCAAUGCUGUACUACGGUACUAACUAUAUGUU